UUUUUGCGCCAUUUUCCAAGCUUUUUUCUCUGUUUUGAUUUUAAAUUUUGAGAAAAACGUCCGCGUUUUGGCGGAAACGGCAUGGGAGCGAAACUGUUCUAUCGAAAUAAGCUCACUUACGUUCACAUAUAAACCGGAUCGAUCUCAGAUCGAUCUCAGACCACCUUUCGAAGCGAGCUGACUGAGAUCGAUCUGAGAUCGAUCUCAAAUUUUAGCGAAGGUUCACACUUAGCUCGCUUUACGUUAGAUCGAUCUCAGAUCGAUCUAAACGACCAGUGUGAACAGGCCCCUGGUCACGGUGGGCCACACUGAUUAAAUACAUCUAUUUUAUUCAAUGUAUUUUGGUUCAAUGAUCACCACUUCGCAUUCCAGUUAUAUCAUUUCAAUAAAAAUACGCCAUUGAAUUACCAUAUUGAAUAUUUUGAGUGAAUAUAUGCACAGAAAUAUGAAAUACGCCCAUCGAACUGCAUAAUCAACAACGACAUCACGUACGUCAAACGUUGCGAAGCAGGAAAUUGAUUUUUUUUCUGAAAUUCUCACGGAACAAAACCAAAUUACAUGGUAAAAAUGGUAAAGACAAAUUUAGUAUUUUCGACUAUUACAUUGAUCACAUUUCUUGGUCUUGCCAAAGAAACAAUAACAUCUUCACCUGAUGGUCAAAGAUUUGUACUUUUACCUGGAUCUUUUUACAAUAUAACUUGGAGAUUUGAUGUUACUCGAAACAUUCUUGUAUGGGCUUGGAGUUUUACACCUCGUGGUUCAUCUUCCCCUCAACAACUUGCAAGAUUUAUAGAUAGUGGCAACACACCCCAAUAUUUGUCACGACCUUUUGCAUUUGAAGUUUUUAAAACUGGAACUUUGUGCCUAGAGAAUGUAAAUGAAAGUUACAAUGGUGAAUUUACAUUUACUAUUUCAACUACUCCUCGUACUCCUCCAUCAAAAGUAAAUGUUUAUAUUGCUGCUAAACCAAACGCGUUAAUUAAUUGUUCAACUCCUCUGGUUGUGAGUAAAGGUGGUAGUGUAUCAUGUGUAUGUAGAGGUGAAGGAGGUAACCCUUCUGCUAAUGUCACAUGGUAUGAUAAAAAUAACAACAUAAUUGGUGAUGUUGGAGUUGUAAAUAAGACAUUAGUAAUCACUAAUGUUACAUUGAAUGAUGGUGGAAAUUACACAUGUAAAGCACAAAGUUAUAAUGAUCCACGUUUUAGAGAUGAAAAAUCUAUUGAAGUAACAGUGAAACCUACUUAUCCACCACAACAAACCAAUAUCACCAUCAGUCCAAUGUCAGUAAAAAAAGGUGAAAAUGUGACAAUAACCUGUGAAUCAGAUGGUUAUCCUGAGCCAACCUACACUAUUUAUCAUAAUGGUGCAGUUAUCAGUUAUAAAAAGACAUACAUCAUUAAUUCUAUCAACUUCAGUAAUGCUGGUUCAUAUCGUUGUGAAGCAACAAAUAAGCUGGGAAAUGAUUUUUCUGAUGUUAAAAAUCUUACUAUCAUCAAAGACAACGUUCUUUGUGAUGACCAAAAAGAGAGAAUAAAACAGUGCAAAACAGAAUGGUACAUUAUUUUAAUAACUUUAACAUCUGGAAUUAUCGUUGGAAUUUUGGUUUCUAUUGUUUUUCAAUAUCGUCGACAUUGGUUUAGUAAAAAUUGUCAACAAUUUCAAUCUCCAUCUGAAGUUAGGAUAAAUUCUGUUGAUACAACUUAUCAAGGAUUGGAUUUAUCAAAAAUGAAUAAAGAAGAUAAUUAUCAAUCAUUGAGACCAAAGGAUGACACAGUUGAUAAAACUUAUCAAGAACUGGACAUAUCGAAAAUGAAUAUAGAAGAUAAUAAUUAUGAAUCUUUGCAAAAGAAUGAUGAAUCGGAGUACGUGAUAGCCGACGAAAGAAGAAAUUAUGAGAACAGUAAUUUGUUUUCAAGAAAAUCAUAAAUUUAUUCUAAACAUGUGUUCAUAAACAUUUUCCAUGUUGUAAAGUCACAAUGGCGCUUUUACGAACAUUUACAUUUUCUGAUAAGAUUUGAAUUUUGCAUCUUUUCCUCCCUUUGGAGCUGCCAAUACUUUAUGAUUUCCAGAAGGAAGCCAUUUUUGGAUGAGAAAAUACACUGGUCAUUCUGACUCAUUCAUUAGUUGUUUAUGAUAACAGUGUAAGGUAAUGCUGUUUUUGAAUAAAUAUUUUCUAUUUAUCUUACUAUA